UAGUAUGGUUCAGGUUCAGCAUCUCUCUUCUCUUCUCCUCGUUUGUAGUAGUAGUAGUAUGGUUCAGGUUCAGCAUCUCUCUUCUCUUCUCCUCGUUUGUAGUAGUAGUAGUAUGGUUCAGGUUCAGCAUCUCUCUUCUCUUCUCCUCGUUUGUAGUAGUAGUAGUAUGGUUCAGGUUCAGCAUCUCUCUUCUCUUCUCCUCGUUUGUAGUAGUAGUAGUAUGGUUCAGGUUCAGCAUCUCUCUUCUCUUCUCCUCGUUUGUAGUAGUAGUAGUAUG